UAAAGGAAGAAAGGGUGGAGGGAAGCGGUGGUGCUUUCUUGCGCCAUAAUGUGUUUGUCGGCUAAUGCCGCAUGAGAUGGGAUGAGAGCUCAUCAAUUACUUUAUUAUUUGUUUCUCUCUCUAAAAAGCAGAACAUGUGUGCUGUAAUAAAAUCGAUUCCCCAAACAAAAAUCAAUGUCGGAGAAAAUACAUAAACAAGAUCCCUACUUCUUUUGACAGAGUGAAAGAAAAAAGAAAAUUUAAUCUGGGAAAUGGUGAAGAAGAUAAUGUACAGUUGGAAACGAUGGUGGGAAUCAGUCCACAGUCACAAUUACUUUGCUGUAAAAUUGGGGGUUUCGAUUCUUCUUGUGGGUCUUGCAUUUAGGUUUUUUCACAAUCGGUCCUCCGACUUUUCUCCAGUUACAGAAACCCCCUUUCUUCUGAUUCCACCACCCUCUGUUUUUUCUGUCGGUACUGAACUAAAUUCCGAUCAAAUCCCUCUCCAAGGAAAUGAUGCGAAAUCCGAACAAAACAAAGAAAAAUGCGAUAUUUUUACGGGGGAUUGGGUUCCUUACAAGGGAGAACCUUUGUACACAAACAACAGCUGUAGCUUUAUCGAGCAACAUCAGAAUUGUCUGAAAAACGGAAGGCCUGACAGAGGCUAUCUUCACUGGAAGUGGAAGCCCCGUGAUUGCGAUUCGCCUCAAUUCGAUCCUGUGAGGUUUCUUGAUUUAAUGAGGAAUAAAAGCUGGGCUCUCAUUGGCGAUUCUAUUUCACGGAACCACGUCCAAUCGUUGCUCUGCCUACUCUCAAUGGUCGAAAAAGCAGUCGAAAUUUACCACGACGAAAAUUACCGGUCUCGAAAAUGGAUAUUCCCGUCACACAACUUCACUCUCUCGGUAAUCUGGUCUCCUUUCUUAGCCGAAGCCGCGAUUUUUGAAGACAUGAACGGAGUUUCCACGUCAGAAAUUGAGCUCCAUCUCGAUAAGCUAGACAAGAACUGGACCCACCACUACAAAGACUUGGAUUACAUUAUAUUUUCGAGCGGCAAAUGGUUUGUAAAAUCCACCAUUUAUUACGAAAACGACACCAUACUCGGAUGCCACUACUGCCCCAAAAGAAGCAACAUCACAGAACUCGGGAUAAACUUCGCUUAUCGAAAAGUCAUCAGAAAAGUUUUCGACUAUAUUAUCGAGUCGAAUAACAAAAACAACGGCACGGUGUUUUACAGAACUUCCACACCGAGCCAUUUCGAAAACGGGGAGUGGUUUAGUGGUGGGACCUGCGGGAGAAAAGUGCCAGCUAAGCAAGGCGAGUUUGACUGGAACGAGUUGACCAAGAUUCUUCGUGCAAUAGAGUUGGAGGAGUUUGCAAAGGCUUCGGUCAAGGCUUAUGAAAAUGGAGUGAAGCUUAUGCUUUUGGAUGUUGGCCCGCUUUCGCUUUUGAGGCCCGAUGGGCAUCCGGGCCCGUAUAGAUUUUAUCAGCCGUUUGGUGAUGAUGAGAAUGCGAAGGUGGUAACAUGUCUGCAUUGGUUUUACACUUCUACUUUCUACAGCCGCAAGCCUCAUGCUCCCAUCUAUGAUGAUCAAAGUUCUACUGCACUUUCUACCAUACCGGAAGUUGCGGAAUCCGAUGGGCUUUCGCCGGAGAUCCGGCCUUUGGUCAGAAGAACGGCUUCCGGCGGAUUCACUUUCGGUGUUGCUCCCACUAAUACCUUUGGUAUUCAUUGUGCCUAA